AUGCCGCAACCGCUGGCCCCUAAAGAAGCGGCACAGUUCCGGACUGUCAUCCGCAGCUACGAGGACAAACAGUACAAGCGUGGCCUGAAGACAGCCGACCUUAUUCUCAAAAAAUUCCCGAAGCAUGGAGACACGAUGGCCAUGAAAUCCCUGAUCCUCAACGGACAGGGUAAGACAGAGGAGGCAUUUGCGCUUGCCAAGGAAGCCCUGACUGUCGAUAUGAAAUCACAUAUUUGCUGGCAUGUGUAUGGUUUGCUCUAUCGGGCGAACAAAAAUUUCGAGGAGGCAAUCAAGGCCUAUAAAUUUGCCCUGAAACUCGAACCCGAAUCCCAGCAGAUCCAAAGGGAUCUUGCCGUUCUCCAGGUCCAGAUGCGAGACUAUCAAGGAUAUAUCCAGAGUCGCAUUUCCAUGCUGCAGGCUCGACCACAGGUGCGACAGAGCUGGACUGCUCUUGCUAUUGCGCACCACCUUUCGGGAAAUCCUUUGGAGGCUGAGAAUGUCUUGACUACCUACGAAGGGACCUUGAAAGCCACGCCUUCACGCCAUGAUCUCGAGCAUUCCGAAUCCGUGAUGUACAAAAACUCGCUGAUAGCUGAGCAAGGGGACUAUCAGCGCGCCCUGGACCACUUAGAUGAAAACGCGAAAUAUAACCUGGAUCGGCUCGCUGUCAUGGAGUCCCGGGCCGAGUUUUUGACUAAGCUCGGACGGAAAGAGGAAGCAGCCAAGGCGUACAGGGCGCUACUUGAUCGUAAUUCGGAGCAUCCCGAGUACUAUGAGAAGCUUGAGGCCGCCUUGAACAUCGACAAAGAUGAACCGCAGGCACGAAAAGGAAUAUACGAUGACUAUAAUCUGGGAUCUCAUCCAAACCAACCGCUGACCUCGGCCGAAGGAGACGAGUUUAGACAUGCUGCGGGAGAAUAUUUGACCCUAAUGCUCAACAAAGGCGUCCCGUCAACCUUUGCUAAUCUGAAGCACCUGUACUUGGACCCGGACAAGAGGGAGUCGUUGAGCCACCUUGCUGAGAAGUAUUUGCAAUCUCAACUCGGUGACCCUUCCAGCAAGGACAAAGGUGAUGGGGCAGCGCUCUAUUUUCUUGCGCAGCACUACAACAAUUACCUCAGCCGAGACCUCGGGAAGGCCAUGGAAUUUAUUGAAAUGGCCAUUCAGAAGGAUCCAAAGAGUGUUGACUUUCACCAAACCAAGGCCAGAAUAUUGAAGCAUGGAGGCAAUCUGGCAAAAGCAGCUGAAACGAUGGAUAAUGCUCGGAAGCUAGAUUUGAAGGACCGUUAUAUAAACAGCAAGGCCGCCAAGUAUCAACUGCGCAACGAUGAGAACGACAAAGCUCUUAAGACCGUGGGUCUUUUUACUCGGACUGAGACAGUAGGGGGGCCGCUUGCGGACCUCUUAGAUAUGCAGUGCAUUUGGUACCUGACUGAGGAUGCCGAGGCAUAUGCAAGACAUGGAAACUUCGGCAUGGCCCUAAAGCGUCUGCAUGCUGUCAGAAACAUAUUCGAUGUCUGGCAAGAGGAUCAAUUUGACUUCCACAGCUUUUCUCUCAGAAAAGGUCAAACCCGGGCAUACGUUGAUAUGAUGCGAUGGGAGGAUCAUGUGCGCGACCACCCAUUCUAUGCAAGAGCUGCCCUGGACGCCAUUUCAGUUUACCUCGAGUUGGCUGACAAUGUUUCUAUCGAUGGAACUAUCGGCGACUGUGGAGGUGGUGAGGGUGCACUGGCCAAGAAGAGAGCUGCGAAAAGGGCAAAGAAGGAACUGCAGCGUUUAGAACGCCAGGCGGCUGAGAGGCAUGCCAAGCAAGAUCCCAACAAGGGCAGCUCGACUGGAGAAGCAAAGGAUGACGACCCAUUGGGUCUUAUGCUGGUGGCGACGACAGACCCCCUUGGUGAAGCGAUGAAGUUCCUCGGGCCCCUGCUGCAGGCAUGUCCGAAAAGCAUUGAGGCCCAAGUUGCCGGAUGCGAGGUUUACUUGCGACGAAGUAAGCUCCUAUCCGCUGAGCAUCAUACCCGGAUAGCAAACAUGACGAUGCUAAUGUUGGCAGGGAAAUACGUCCUGGCCCUUCGCUGUCUCAAUGUCGCAUUCUCCCUUGACGCCGACUUCCCCAAGUUACACGAGCAGGUGGUGGCCUUCCAAAAUAUGCUCACAACAACGGACAUGGCGGUGCAGAUUGUUGACGUCCUGAAAGCCGAAUUCAAGGCGAUGGGUGAAUCGAAGGGUUUAGGGAAGUAUAUUGAGGAGUUCAAGGCCAGACAUAUAUCCAGUCCACGACACUUGCUUGCUUCUAUUUCAGCAAGGAGAAGCCUUGGCGAUGAUAAAGCAGAGUGGGAUGAUGAGGUUAUCAACUUGCUUACCUUGGACAGUGUGACCUUAAGCGAUGCCGAAGAAAUGCUGAAAGCUCUAAAGCGCUGGAGCAGUACGAAAGUUAUCGACUUUAUUAGGACGGCAUUAAUGAAAUGGCCAGAUGCCACAAGACUGGCUUUAUAG